UGCAAAUCAAGGCUCCAGUGGAGGAGGUAUCUCGGCAAUUCAUUCUUUCCUGCUCUUCGGGACCAUCGCGACUUGCCCACUCAAGUGAAGCAGAUACAGCUAUAGAUGUGCUAGACACUAUCAGCCUGCUCCUCCUGAUCUCCCUCUACUAUUCUCAACACACCACCCUUCCAGCACACCAAGAUGUUCCUUAGGUCCCUAGCAUCCCAUUCACGCGGCCUCUCCCUCGGCCUGCUCAUAGCGCUGAGCGUAUGCCUCGUCCUGAAUUUAGGCGUCCUCCUCGUCUACCUCCGCAUCUUGACGCGCGGAACGCGUGGAUACACCUACCUCGCCGGCGACCGACCUCGCGAGCUCCCCUUGAAGGUGCGCACCAUCCAAGCCGUGUUCCAUGACGACCCCUCCCACUACGGGAUGGAAGGGGUGACGGCGACGGCUGAAUGGAACGCAAUCCGCCCUCCCGGCAAGGGGUUCGUUUUUCUGGGGGAGGAGCACUUUGCAUUUGAUGUGUCGAUGUGGCAUCAGAUGCACUGCCUUAACCACAUACGCGCGGUGCUUGUCAACGGGGAUGACGGGUCGGACCAUACGGCCCACUGCUUCCAUUACCUCCGGCAGGGGAUUCUCUGCGCUGCCGACACAACCUUGGAGCCCGGCGGCACGAGCAUGGAAUUGGCCAAUGGGGACAAAGUCGCUGCGGGCGGAGGAACUGUGCAUACCUGCCGGGACUGGACACAGGUGUAUGAAUGGUUGGAGAGCCAGCAUAAGGAGUGGACACCAGACAUGUAUGAGAGGAUCAAGGAGGCUAGUUAACAGUGGGUAUAGAAUGUAAGGAUUAUGCGUCGCAUGGAACUGGACAACUAUUCUUUGGUUUAUGAGUAAUGUGCGCAGAAACGGUUUAGCAGAGCACCUUACUUAGUACUUUUUACCAAGAAUGAUGAGCCAUUCAUAGUUCAGAUCUCUAUAUAUAUAAAUAUAUAGGUAUUCAUCUUGAAAAAG